AUGAAACUCUCCAUGAUUGUCAGCUUGCUCACCCUCGCCGCUUCGGCGGUCACCGCCUCUCCCCUGGUCAAGCGACUUCCUCAAGGCUUCCACCCACCCUUUUCCACUCCCAAAUCCCUCCUCGAUGCCGGCUUGACCUGCCAGAACGGCUCCCCCUCUUCCCAAUCCAAGCCCAUCCUCCUCGUUCCCGGAACGGGUGCCACUGGCAAACAGUCCUUCGACUCCAACUGGAUCCCUCUCUCCGCCCGUCUUGGAUACAACCCGUGCUGGAUCUCUCCCCCUCCCUUUAUGCUCAACGACUCCCAAGUCAACGCAGAAUACAUUGUCAACGCGGUCAACAUCCUUUACGCCGGUAGUCGAUCCAAAAAGGUCCCCGUCCUCACUUGGUCACAGGGUGGACUUGCUGCUCAGUGGGCUCUCACCUUUUUCCCCAGCAUCCGAAGCAAGGUUGACCGCCUCAUGGCCUUCGCUCCCGACUACAAGGGUACCAUCGAAGCUGGUCUUCUCAACGCUGUCGGACUCAGCUCUCAGAGUGUCUGGCAGCAGACCGCAGGCUCAGCUUUCGUCACCGCAUUGCAGAAUGCUGGUGGUCUCAACCAGAUCGUCCCCACCACCAACCUCUACUCUGCUACCGACGAAAUCGUCCAACCCCAAAUCACCAAUUCUCCUUUGGACUCGAGCCAUCUUUUCAACGCCAAGAACAUUCAGGCUCAAUCCGUCUGCGGUCCUCUCUUUAUCAUCGACCAUGCCGGUUCGCUCACUUCGCAGUUCUCUUAUGUUGUCGGCAAGAGCGCUCUCGCUUCACCCACCGGUCAGGCACAGUCGAAAGAUUACCGUUCCAGCGAUUGCAACCCUCUCCCAGCCGAUCCCCUCUCGCCGCAGAACAAGAAGGAGGCUAGUGCAUUGCUUUUGGUCGCUGGUGCAAAUCUUGUUGCGGGACCCAAGCAGAACUGCGAGCCUGAUCUCAAGCCUUAUGCGAGACGAUUCGCGAUUGGUAAGAGAACUUGUUCUGGCAUUGUCACUCGUUUCUAA